GAGUAUGUAGACCGCCAACUAUGCCGUGAUGCCAUCCUGCCCAUGCCUGUCGUCUGUGAGGUGCCUUGCCCCAAGGACUGUGUCCUCAGUCCCUGGACCUCCUGGUCCCUGUGCUCACACACCUGCUCCGGGAAGAACACUGAGGGAAGACAGAUGAGAGCACGCUCAGUACUGGCCUACAAUGCUGGGGAAGGUGAGACCACAAUCACACAACACACAGCGUCAGACCUGGUCCCAGAUCUGUUUGUGUAGUAGAGCCAACUCCUAUGGUUGUUGUCAUGCCUAACAUAGGAGUUGACCUAUGGGAGUUGGCAAGACCACACUAACGUAUCUGGGACCAGGCCACACAGCAUCAGACCGGGGGUUCAAAUAGUAUCUGUUUUCUUUCAAGUAUGUUGAGCGUUUGAUGGAGUCUGCCAAUAGUGCAUGCCAUAUGGGCAGGGUUUGCACUUUUCUAUUGGUUCUGUUGCACCAGAUGAGAUCGAUCAAAGUAUUUGAAAGAAGAUUUUUUUCCCCCAUUUGAUCCCAGUUCUGCACAGCAUGCAGGAGAGUAUCUGAUAUCUUAUAUGAGGCUGCUGAAGCAAGCAUUUCACCAUACCCUCAGUCUUUGCUUCUCUCUGUCUCUCUUCUAUGUUCCAUGAGCCAAAUUGUCAAUAUUUUAUAAAUUAUUCUGUAUGUUCCUCCUCCACAGCGACUGCUCAGGUUGUAGCCUGGGUUACUGUGAUGCAGGGUAAGGUUCUGUGAUGUGGCAUAGUCACAAGGAAUAACAAGCUUGGAAACUUUAGGAUAGAUGUCUGUACUACUCUCUGGAGCUACAUUUUCAAUGUUUAGGUUCAAAGCGUCUGAGUGUGAAGUGUGAAGUGCUUAGAGCCCUAGUGCUUAGUAUUCUUUAUAGCACCUUUCACAAAUGUAUGAAUGGUAAUACAAAUGCAUAACUUUGCAUUUACCUUCCUUUAAGGUCUAUCGCGGGUGCCCAAGGUUCCUGCACUCUUCGGUACUAUCAUUUCCUAUACUCUUAGAAUGCAGUGUUCCCAUUGAUGUAGUUAUUCAGCUCUGUAGAUGUUAUAAGUAGAUGUAUGUAGUUGAUAUACUGUAUGGCUACCUGGGUACCAAUCUAUUUCCCUCACUGCCUGGUCAGCAUAAUUUCAUGCCUGUACUAUGUAAAACAUUUACAGACUCUCAACAGUGCCGUGCUAGUAAUGAGCAUUCGUUAGUGUUAAGUGCUGCCUAAUACCCUAAGGAGAGGAGACUGAAACCUUAAGGAGAGGAGACUGACACCCUAAGGAGACUGAAAUCCUAAGGAGAGGCAACUGAAACCCUAAGGAGAGGCGACUGAAACCCUAAGGAGAGGUGACUGAAAUCCUAAGGAGAGGCAACUGAAACCCUAAGGAGAGCUGACUGAAAUCCUAAGGAGAGGCAACUGAAACCCUAAGGAGAGCUGACUGAAACCCUAAGGAGAGGAGACUGACACCCUAAGGAGACUGAGAUCCUAAGGAGAGGCAACUGAAACCCUAAGGAGAGGCGACUGAAACCCCAAGGAGUGGAGACUGAAACCCUAAGGAGAGAAGAUUGAAACCCUAAGGAGAGGAGUCUGAAACCCUAAGGAGAGGAGACUGAAACCCUAAGAAGAGGCGACUGAAACCCCAAGGAGUGGAGACUGAAACCCUAAGGAGAGAAGAUUGAAACCCUAAGGAGAGGAGUCUGAAACCCUAAGGAGAGGAGACUGUAACCCUAAGGAGAGGAGACUGAAACCUUAAGGAGAGAAGACUGAAACCCUGAGGAGAGGAGAAGUGUAGAAGGGGGAGUCUUGUCGGUAAUGGAACAAGUGCCUCUGGGUUAGAUUCUUACCGUCCAAGCUGCCAGUCACGCCCUGAGAACCCAUCUCUAUACAACCCACACUGAGCUGUGUCAUCGCCUUGCAGUAGAUCAGCAUGUUGUAGCCCAUUGUAUAGCACUGCUACAGCUCUUGUUGAUAUCCUCCAUUGGACCAUAGCAAGACAGUGUCUGUGGCAUAUUCAAAAUACCCACUCAGGAGAGAGACUUUCUACAUUAUGGAUUUCUCUAAAUGGAUACUGAUAUGCUCUGGCAUGGGGAGGAUAGUCACGCUGUCAUCACUGCAGAAACAGAAUCAGGCUGAAUGCCUCGCUUCAUUUAUUAGCCUUCCUACACCUCAGCAGACAGACACACUGUCCAGGAUAAAUCACAAGCGGUGUGUGCUGCGAGUUUGUGUGUGUGUCUGUGUGUGCGUGUGUCAGACGCCAGGUGUGGGCUGAGUGUAGCAUGAAGUCCUACAGACUCAGCUCUACUAGCUAUCUGCUAUCACACAUGCUGAUUGAGGACCUCCCAAUUCAGGCCCAAAUCAUAACUUGAGAUCUGCGUAAAUGAUGGAUUGGUGUCAAUUUGAGCCUUGUGCCAAAAUUCAAGUGGUGUGAUGAUCUCAAGUUAGGCUCUCAGGGAGUAGAGAGAGCAGUUUACAGUCAUUUGGAGAAAAUAGCAGAAUAGAAAUGACUGGGUAAUUCCAUUUCAGGGAGAAGUGGGUUGAGCCUGUAGAGUAUGCCUAAGUAAUAAUUACAACAGGCUAUGUUAGGACACACUCUCAUAAUGAGACAAAGAAUUAGCUAAGGUAGCCAAACCCACAAGUUACAGUUCAGUAAAUAACAGCGGUAUGGAGAGUUCGCCUUGUUUUACAUGACGUGAAGGUUUCAGGGACGGUGUCUUAGAGAGCUCUGUGACAUAAUAUGGAGGGAAAGGAGGUUCUUCAUUGUUAAGGAUGUAAGAAAAGAUAACUCCCACACAAUAUCACCUCUGCAUGAUUUUUAUGGUCAGAGACCUUCUACAGUCAAGGCAAACCACAUUCAUGUAACUGAGAGGUAUCUCUUGCAUUUGAAUGUGAUGUUUGUGUUUCUGCUUCCUCUUUGGGGUCUUUUUGAUAACUGCUGUAGUGUUUUAUAAAUACAGUAUAUUUGAUUGAUUGACCAUUUGGUUGUUGUGUGUUUGACAGGCGUGGUCCAGUGCCCCAACAGCAUUGCUCUCCAGGAGGUGCGGAGCUGCAACGACCACCCUUGUACUGUGUACCACUGGCAGACAGGGCCCUGGGGACAGUGUAUCGAGGACACCUCGGUCCCCCCUGCCAACUCCACAGGGGCCGGGGUCGGGGUCAGGGGAGGGGACUCCUCCUGCUCUGUGGGGAUGCAGACGCGGAAGGUCAUCUGUGUCCGGGUCAAUGUGGGACAGGUGCCUCCCAAAAAGUAAGAGUCCUUCCUUCAAAAUAAGAGUUCCUUUUUCAAAGUAAGAGUUAUAUCUUCAAAGUAAGAAUUAUAAUAAUACAUGGUAUUUACAUAGCGCUUUUCAAAGACCCAAAGUCUUAGAGUAUGAGUUCUUCCUUCAACGAGAUGACUGAAUACCAAUAUAAGUAGUAUAUGACUAUAAUAUUUGUGUAACGUGAUAGAGGAAAUUAAAUAAAUUAAAUGUGAGUAGAGCGGUUAUACUUAUGCUGAUGUGGUGUAAUAUGUAUUCAGGGUUCCAUAAGCCUUUGCUAAGCAUAAAUCAAAGCACGAAAGCACAGAGCCUUUGACCCAGCAUCUAUCUGUGGAAGAAACAAUAUCCUAUUGUUUCCACUGUCUGUCUGGCUGCGUAGCUGUGAGCUGAUGGGUUCCUUGAUGGGUUUCUGCCUAGGUUCCAGACAGUUGUUCUAAAGCAUCUGGGUUCUCCAUCCCUACCACCCUAAGGGUAUCUUCAGGGGAAAGUGAAUUAUAAUAAUGAAUUAGCUAUUUAUUUAUUCAGCUUUAAUAGUAGCAUUAUCCUGGUAGGAUGAGCUGGAGCUACUAGACAGACUGGGGAUGAGCUAGGUCCCACGCUGGGUAUGGUAAUGAACCCUGGACAGUUUUAUUCCUGAGGUUUAUGAUUCUCCCAUCCAGGGUUUUAUUUUACCCAGCUACCACUACACACUAUCGCACCAUGCUGCUCUGGGACUCACACACAUGAACAUUGAUAGGGUUUAUUUGUGGUGUCAAAUUGCCACAACUGCUAAACUACUAUCACUAAACUAAUGGACCCACUAGGUGUGGGACGAUAUAUUAAUAUAUCAUAAUAUCAAAUAAUGAAAUCAUAUAAUGUCAUGAAUGAACGGUAUGAUAUACUUAUGAGUUCAUUACCAUUUAUCAGGACAUUAAUGAGUUAACAAUGUAGCACUGUUACAGAGGCAAUAUGAUGUUCAAAGCAAUAGAGGGGCUCAAUCUGAAGCCCUAAAACCAGUGAUUCAUAAUAUACUGGGAGAAUCCCUGCAGUAUUCCUUAGACCAAUGACCCGGUAUUGAUAUACUGUGUACCGUAAACAGUUAUAUUAUUUUGACAAGACAAAUAUGCAUUCAUAAACAUAAGCGGUAUACGCACACAUCUCUACACAUUCAUCAACUCAUCAAUCAAGUACAAGGGUGGAGCGAAAAACCCGCAGACACUGCCCUCCGUGGAAUGAGUUUGACACAUCUAGAUGAUGUGAUUUCAGGUGUCCGGAGAGUAUUCGUCCUGAGACGGUCAGGCCCUGCCUCCUGCCAUGUAAAAGAGACUGCAUCGUCACCCCCUACAGCGACUGGAGUGCCUGCCCUGCCACAUGCAAAGCAGGUACCUACUAGCCUUCUCAAUAUUCUCAAGGAUACACAGCUAUUAAAACAAUGUACAGCCUCUCAACUCACUCAAGUACACAUCAUUUGAAAAAAUGCAACUAUGUCAAGAGAUGUACAAUAUGCCAAGCAGGUACAUCCUAUUAUUGUCAAGUAUGCAAUACAGUACAUACAAAUACAGAGCAGUCUGUCCAAGGCAAAAAUGCUCAAGAAAUGGAGCCUAUGCCAUAUGGUUUUGAAAUGAGCAUGUGCUUCAAAGCAUGUGAAGGAAUUAAUUACAACAGGGAAUUCUAAAUAAUAGUGGGUCUGUCGUUAAGUGUUUGCUUCCUGGUUUCGACAGCCCCGACAAACGGACAAAUCUGAUAAACAAAACACUUGCACAAUUAUACAAUUAUUUCUCUUCAAAUAUUGCAGUUCGAGCUGAGAGAAUCAUCAAGUCAAAACUGUAAUUCACUUAGGAGCUGUGACAUCCUAGAACAGCAACCAACAAACACGCAUUGAUGCUUGACAACAUCCUUCUAUAUAAAGAACUAGAACAAAUGCCGCUAAUAAGCAGAAAGUGCCUGGCCAAUUUAAAGCGAUUUGCCCGCACUGCAACAACCUCUUUGUCAGCUAGAAAAUGCUUGUUAGCAUACAUGUUUAUGUGAUUUCCAUUUCCUUGGAGUGAGUGUUAUAUUCAUGAAAUACUUGACAUGACUACUCUCCAGAAACAUCUGCUAAGCAACACUUAGUCUAAAGAACAGUCGUUGGGCACCCAGAUCAUCUGGCUUUACUAGGAGUAUUUGGUAAUGGAUUUGUCAUUCUCCUAUGAGAACCAUCGCAGCUGUCAAGAUAACAGAAUAUCCUACCAUAUUAAUAUAGUAUCUAUCUCCUGUAGCUAGCUACCUCUAUGGAUCAUACAUUGCAACAUGGACAUGGCCACCGCAAAUGGAUUCUGAUGGACUUCUUGUAAGGGCAAUAUAACCUCCACCACCCAAUCAGUGAGGUGGGUGGACACCAGCAGAGAAGGGAAGCCCAUAUCAAUCAAUAUACCAAACUUGAUUUCAUUACCUUCUCUCAGAACUGGUCAGGAAAGUACAUAUCUGCUGGAGAACACCAGACUAGAGAGCUGGGAACCAACUGUGCUCCUUCAUUAUGUCUUCGUGUUCUUCAUGGUCAAGGUUAAUGACACACAGCUGCUAAAAGUAAACAGCAAACAAAACACUCUUGUUUUACAAGGACAUUUUCAAGGACCUGUGAUUUGCAAUUACUCAAGUAGAUAACAGGCAUUCAUCAUGAUAAUUUUCCACUUCUAGAGCUGAUGGAAGUUGCUUGAUUACUGCUGUUAUUGUGCCUGUCUAUUGAUUGGGACAGUGUGUGAAUAAAGUGUUUUUCUAUGGGUUCUUUUAAGGUGGCAACACGAAAAGGAAACAAAACAGGAAACGCAUCAUCAUCCAGCUGCCUGCCAAUGGGGGACAGGAGUGCCCGGAGGUGUUGACUCAGGAAAGAGACUGUGAGGCGCCGUCUGUCUGUUUGGGAUACAGGUAAGGCUCCAUCACCCAUCAAGACCACUCUGCUCGAUAUGUAGUCUCUUUUGACUAAAGUGGUGCCAAGUUAACUAGAACAAGACUUCGACUAUGGCUCUCAAAAUGACUCAGCUGUGUCCUGUUUCUUGUACUGCAGGUGGAAGACACACAAGUGGCGGCGAUGCCAGUUGGUUCCCUGGUCCGUUCGUCAGGACAGUCCUGGAGCUGUGGAGACCUGUGGGCCUGGGCUGCAGGCUAGAGGUGAGCAACAAAAUCCUGCAUGCACUAUCUACUCAAUUUGAUUCUGGGGGCGAAGUGUUCAAAUCUGAACUGACGGAAGUAUAAGAAAAUACUUUUGUCAUGAGAGACCUUUUUUUUUAUAUUCUUUUGACCAUGGAUUAAAUUAAGUAUAUUAUUUUUGCAUCUUGGCCUACUUGGGUUUUUCCUUUUCAUGGUUUUGAACUUUACAGUCAUGAGAGACUACCUAUAAUCUGGUAACUAUUGGAUACAGGUAGAUAUAGACCCUUCUGAGGGUUCAGACUCCAGUCACAUUCAUAUAGUCUGUGAAAUACUUUCAAAUAUUUUAUAUGCACUUGAUUUAACUUGCAUGGUACUAUGCAUGUGACUGUGGAAGUGUGUAGGAUUGUUGAUGUGGUCAAGCACCCUGAUUAGAGCAUGUGAGAAGGGGAGCUGGGCAUCAAAGUAACACCUUGGGCUGCGUCCAUCUUUAAUCUCCUUCUAAAUGUUACGCUGGGACUCAAAGGAGGAUGUGAAGGUUAAAUAACCUCUAUCCAAAUCGUCUAUCCAAACCUCUUCCCUCUAGCCCUACCAGGCGUGAAUUAGUUAAAUUUAGGUUAAAACACAAAAUGUAAGUUCCGGUGGAUUGCUUUGUGUUGAGCUCGACGAGCUUGACAUAGCGUGGCAACAAUGCAUCUAUCUGACUUCGAUUUACAAAAUGGCGGAAGUUAGUGAAUUGAGGGCAAAGAGUUUUUCUUCCACUCCUUGCACCAGACCUCUAAUAGCAUCUUGAAGUAGAAUACCAUUAUCUGAUCAGAUGAUGAGCACCUUUCAACCUCCUUCUUCACUCUCCACAUUAGGCCCCAUUACCUGUAAUGGUAUCUGUGUAAACAUUGACGCAGGGGGAGAGACAAUUCAAGACAGAGCUCUUGCUCCUCCUCACUCAAUGCUAUCUGUUCAGUCUGUUUGGGUGGGAAAGUCAAUAGACAUUACACUACGUUCAGUUUCAUCACUUACAGUUGUUCUCGCCUCUGUGUGUGUUACUAACUGAGAGAACCGGAGACAGUGAAUAUGAAAUGUAACCCUAUUCUCUACAGUGAGGGAAAAAAGUAUUUGAUCCCCUGCUGAUUUUGUAAGUUUGCCCACUGACAAUGACAUGAUCAGUCUAUCAUUUUAAUGGUAGGUUUAUUUGAACAGUGAGAGACAGAAUAACAACAAAAAAAUCCAGAAAAACGCAUGUCAAAAAUGUUAUAAAUUGAUUUGCAUUUUAAUGAGGGAAAUAAGUAUUUGACCCCUCUGCAAAACAUGAUUUAGUACUUGGUGGCAAAACCCUUGUUGGCAAUCACAGAGGUCAGACGUUUCUUGUAGUUGGCCACCAGGUCCCACUCCUCUUUGCAGAUCUUCUCCAAGUUAUUAAGGUUUCGAGGCUGACGUUUGGCAACUCGAACCUUCAGCUCCCUCCACAGAUUUUCUAUGGGAUUAAGGUCUGGAGACUGGCUAGGCCACUCCAGGACCUUAAUGUGCUUCUUCUUGAGCCACUCCUUUGUUGCCUUGGCCGUGUGUUUUGGGUCAUUGUCAUGCUGGAAUACCCAUCCACGACCCAUUUUCAAUGCCCUGGCUGAGGGAAAGGAGGUUCUCACCCAAGAUUUGACGGUACAUGGCGCCGUCCAUCGUCCCUUUGAUGUGGAGAAGUUGUGCUGUCCCCUUCGCAGAAAAACACACCCAAAGUAUAAUGUUUCCACCUCCAUGUUUGACGGUGGGGAUGGUGUUCUUGGGGUCAUAGGCAGCAUUCCUCCUCCUCCAAACACGGCGAGUUGAGUUGAUGGCAAAGUGCUCGAUUUUGGUCUCAUCUGACCACAACACUUUCACCCAGUUCUCCUCUGAAUCAUUCAGAUGUUCAUUGGCAAACUUCAGACGGGCCUGUAUAUGUGGUUUCUUGAGCAGGGGGACCUUGUGGGCGCUGCAGGAUUUCAGUCCUUCACGGCGUAGUGUGUUACCAAUUGUUUUCUUGGUGACUAUGGUCCCAGCUGCCUUGAGAUCAUUGACAAGAUCCGCCGUGUAGUUCUGGGCUGAUUCCUCACCGUUCUCAUGAUCAUUGCAACUCCACGAGGUGAGAUCUUGCGUGGAGCCCCAGGCCGAGGGAGAUUGACAGUUAUUUUGUGUUUCUUCCAUUUGCGAAUAAUCGCACCAACUGUUGUCACCUUCUCACCAAGCUGCUUGGCGAUGGUCUUGUAGCCCAUUCCAGCCUUGUGUAGGUCUACAAUCUUGUGCUUCUGUGGACAGGUGUCUUUUAUACAGGUAACAAGCUGAGAUUAGGAGCACUCCCUUUAAGAGUGUACUCCUUAUCUCAGCUCGUUACCUGUAUAAAAGACACCUGGGAGCCAGAAAUCUUUCUGAUUGAGAGGGGGUCAAAUACUUAUUUCCCUCAUUAAAAUGCAAAUCAAUUUAUAACAUUUUUGACAUGCGUUUUUCUGGAUUUUUUUGUUGUUAUUCUGUCUCUCACUGUUCAAAUAAACAUACCUGUCACGCCCUGGCUCUAGGGACUCUUUUAUGUUGAGCCAGGGUGUGUAGUGUCUAUGUUUUGUGUUUUAUGUUUCAGUUUCUAGUUCAUGUGUUUCUAUGUUGGCCGGGGUGGUUCUCAAUCAGAGGCAACGUGAAUCAGCUGUUGCUUGUUGUCUCUGAUUGGGAACCAUACUUAGGCAGCCGUUUGGGCAGUUGUGUUUGUGGGAUCUUGUUCCGUGUUGGUUUGUGUUUGUUACCAAGGACUUCACGUAUCGUUUUGUUGUUUUUGUUCGUGUGGUGAAUAUAUAAUAAAGUAUGUUCGCAUUCCACGCUGCGCAUUGGUCCAAUCCUUUUGACGAUCGUGACAAUACCAAAAAAAUAUAGACUGAUCAUUUCUUUGUCAGUGGGCAAACGUACAAAAUCAGCAGGGGAUCAAAUACUUUUUUCCUGUAUGUAGUGCACUACUUUUAACUAGAUCACUACAAUUUGGAAUGCAAUGUAGUGAGUCACACCACCUCGCAAUGAGUCAUUUCAGAUCCCACAGUGACAGUACUGUUGGUUAAUCAUCACUUAAAACACUGUCAGGUCUUGAUCGACUGUGAUGGGACUGCCGUGUUUAGCUCCAAAUGCAGCCAAAGGGCAUUAACCAAAUGAGAUUGUGAGUCUCCCCUAGUAAAAAGUGACCAACUUGUGUACCAAAGUGUAUUGCCUCACACCUUACCAACCUCCAACACCCCCUCAUUCCUUUUUCUUUCUUUCUUUCUUUCUUUCUUUCUUUCUUUCUUUCUUUCUUUCUUUCUUUCUUUCUUUCUUUCUUUCUUUCUUUCUUUCUUUCUUUCUUUCUUUCUUUCUUUCUUUCUUUCUUUCUUUCUUUCUUUCUUUCUAUAGCUGUCUCAUGCUGGAAGCAGGACGGGGGUCAAGCGGACAUGGGAGCAUGUCUGAAGUUCGCCAGCUCCAUGCCCUCUCUAACCCAGCCCUGCCAGUUCCCAUGCCAGGACGACUGCCAGCUAACCGCCUGGUCCAAAUUCUCUUCCUGUACACAGGACUGUGUGGGCGUAAAAACCCGCAAGAGGAUGCUAGUGGGUGAGUGGACUGGAGUGGGCCGUACAAGUACAGUAAACUAA